AUGGCGGGAAAUCAAAUCGUCGGAGACGGCGUUUUCCCGGAGAAUCUCGCCGGAAUGACAAAAACGCAGCUCUACGGUAUCAUGUCUCAAAUGAAGGCACAAAUCAUGCUCGGAAUGGUUCAGCCUCCUCAAGUGGUUCAGAAAGUUGAGACUCAAGUCGCUCCACAACCUCAACAGUCUCAUCAACCUCAAAAGCCUAAUGUUCAAGCUCAUAUGUCUUCUCUUCAAGGCGGGGUUGGAUUUCAAGAGCCAGCAGCUACAUUGCAGCCACAAGCCCUGAUUAGAAAACACACACUGCAACAACCAAUGCUUAUGCCUCCUCCUCCUCCACCUUCUGCUUCUGCAACCAGUAAUGCUCCAUCGCAGCAGCCUCGUUUUUCCCAUCCCCAGCGUCUGAAUAAUCCUGCUGCCACUUCUUUGUCUCAUCCACAGUCUUCUCAAGCUCAAAACGCGCCUCAUCCAGUUCCUCAUCAUCCGACAUCCCAAACACCUCCAUUUCAUCAUGUUGAGACAUCAGCCUCCUCCACUCAGUUGCCACAACAACAACCAAUGCACUCGGUUGUGGGUCCUCAUUUGGCUCAACAACAGCCUAGACCAUAUCAUCAUCAGUUUGGACCAUCCCAGACUGGUCCCAACGCUGGGUUUCAACACCGUGGCGCACCUCCUCAGCAUCAUUCUCAACCCUUGUUUCAUGCAAGUCCAGAACUCCCAGCUUCUGGUGGACCUCAGUUCCCGCAGGGACAGCCACGUCCCGUUAGUCAACCAACAUAUCAGGGUGGAGGUCAGUUUCGUAAAGACUACAAUAAUAACCAAUUAGGAUGUCCAACGGCUGCAGACAGAGUUCCUUCUUGGAUGGCUGGGCAAUCAGAGAGCUCAAACAUUACUCAUCUCCCAGGCUUUGGACCGGUGCCUCCACCAAGCCAAGUUGGACCUGGAGGUGGCCCACCACCUCGACCUGCACCGAUAUCUGCAGAGAUGGAGAAGGCAUUGCUUCAACAAGUGAUGAGCCUGACGCCAGAGCAGAUCAAUUUGCUGCCACCAGGACAGAGAAACCAAGUCCUUCAGCUCCAACAGAUUCUCCGACAGUGA